CUCGCCCCCACACACACAGCCCCCUCCGCUUCGAUGCCGGCGGCCUCCGACUACGUCCUCGGAUCAAUCGGAAUCGGGGGAUUUCUUGCUGAGAAGAAGAUAGAUCUCUCAUCCAGUUCGUUCUUCUGUUUCUCUGGAUCUUGGAAUCGUAUGUGUUAACCCUAGGCUUAGGGUUCUUGGCUGGGGCUUGGUGGUCUCUUGAUGGCGCCCAGUCGGAAGAGGGGAUCUGCGCGAGCGGCGGCGGCAGCUGCUGCCCGACAACAGUGGAAGGUUGGGGACCUUGUUCUUGCCAAAAUGAAGGGUUUUCCGGCUUGGCCUGCUGUGAUAAGUGAUCCAACAAAAUGGGGCUAUUCCUCUGAUCGGAAAAAAUUGCUUGUUUUCUUCUAUGGGACAAAGCAAAUUGCCUUCUGCAACCAUGCUGAUAUUGAAGCUUUUACAGAAGAAAAAAAGAAAUCUCUUCUUACUAAAAGGCAAGGUAAAGGAGCUGAUUUUGUCCGUGCAGUAGACGAGAUUAUAGAUAUGUAUGACAAACUUAAGAAGAAUGAUCAGCCAGAGAAUAAUACUGAAAAUGAGGGUCUUGUGCCUAAUAAUGGUAAUUUAGAAGAUUCUGGAAGCAAAACUUGUGGGAAGCCGACAGAACUGAAUUCUCAUAUGGCUUGUGAUAGCCAAUCUGAAGUGCUUUAUUCCUCUGUAGAUAACAGCACUUUAGCUAGUCCUCAUUGUGUUCCUGUAGCCUCUGAGAAAUCUGACUUUUGCAAAAUGAAUAAAGUGGCCAAGGAGCCUUGUGAAAAAAUAUCAAUUCUUGAUCAAUUAAGGCAAACUCCUUUGGCUAUUAGUACCACAGUGAGAAAGAGGCCUAGAGAUGUGACAUUGCAAAGCUGUGGAACUCAGAGGAAGGUAUCAUCUCUUCAUAGGUCCAGAAGCUCAAGUGCUGACCCAUGUAAACAACAAAAUUCAACUUUGCAGCAAUCAACAGGUGAUUGUGACUCUGGUGAUGAUUUAAUUGCUGAUGCAGUACAAUUAGAACAUGUAAAUAGAAAAAUUGUAGUUGAGGAAGUGCAGGACCGCUCACCAUCUGAUGCUCUGAAUCCUCAGGAUUCCACAGAUUUUGGUUCAAAUAGUAUCUGUAGAGAGAGUGAGCAUAACAUAGUUAGUAUGGAAUCUGAGGCCAUUGAUUGUGAAGCAGAAAUGAUGCCAGAACCUAGCUGCCAAUCUAAACAUGUUGGAAAUGGGUUUUUGGACAAUGAUGAUAAAUUGAAUCCAGAGCUUGACACAUCCAUCAAAACUGUGUUCCUUAAGAAGAAAAGGAAUUCUACUCGAAAGCGGGUACAAAAUGAUUCAGAGUCUGCACUUUUGGGCAGUAAUGCAGAUUUACAGAUUGAAGAGAAGGGGACAGCUUUGGAAUCAUUAAUUUCUUGUAGUGAAAUAAAUGAUAAAUUUCAUAAGACAGAUGGAGAUGAGCACCUUCCACUGGUAAAACGUGCAAGGGUUAGAAAGGGUGAGCCUGUUAUAGAUGAUGCACAGCUAAGUACAGAGGAAUCUGGAAUGUUUGUUCUGUUACACAAGUCUGACCAAAAUGCUAUAUCUGGUAGCCCUUGCAAUAAUUGUCCUUCUGAUAAGCCUAACUUGGAUGAUACGGAAGCCUCAGAGUGUUCACUGUCCAUACAAAAUUGCAUCUCUAACACUAGAAGUGAUAUGAACUUUUGGAAGGCUAAAUAUCAAUUGAAAGGUAUGCCAAUAGAUGUUGAGGCUGCAUUGCCUCCAUCAAAACGUCUUCACCGAGCAUUGGAAGCUAUGUCUGCCAAUGCUGAUGAGCUAAAAGUAGGUUGUAUUGAUGUUCCUAUGACUGCAGAAUUGACAUCUAAUGGUCAUAUGGAUUCUCUGAAGACAACUUCUUUGCAUCUUUCUACAGAUGAUGAAAUUGGGGAAUAUUCAGCCCAGGACAUAGGUUCUCCUGACAAAGUUCCAUCCCUUGAUACCAUAUCUGAAUUGCCUUCAGGUGUUUUGGAAAAAGUUAUGGAUUCAAAUUUGUUAACUUCGUCCAAUGUUAAUCCUGAUAACAUCUUAUGUCAUAAUGUGGCUAAAGAAAUUGAUAUGGAUGUCAAAGACUCUGAUGAAUUUUCUCCCAAGACUGAAGAAGCUGAUAUACCAGAGGAAACUUUGAAAACUGUUCCUUGUUAUUGUGAGAAACAAGUUCCUUCUACUUCCAAGGAAGCCAUGGUUAGUGAGUUGCCAUCUUAUGUGGCUGGGGACAUGAGCAGUGGGAUGCUUCAAUCACUAGAAGUUUGCCAUGCUGGAGUUGGCAAGAGAGAAGAUCAAAUUUUGGAAUUAAUCCCUGAGAAACUGUAUAGUGAAGCAGCUGUUUCUGCUGAUCCAGAGAAUGAGGCUAAUGUGACUCUAUCAAUGAAUGAUGGGGUUGUAACUUCAAAAUUUGUGCAACUUCCUGCAUCUAAUAUGAAAGGCGAAAAGGAAUUGCAGGAUUCUGUUGCAGAAAUUACACUGUCAGCUGUUUCAAAGGAAAGGGGAUUUUCUCCUGAUCUGGCCCCUAUCAGCGUCUUGAUUGCUGCGGCCCAAGCUAAACGUGUCCUCUCUAGAUCUACAUCAUUCUCUAAUACUGUGGAAGAAGGCAAGGCUAUUCCACAUUCUCUUGUAAAUUAUAUAGAAGAUUCUUCAGAACAAGGGUCACCUUCAAUUCCUUCGGCCACCCAUGGAGCGCCUUGUGAUGAUAGGAGCCAAACGUCUCCAAAUAGCUCUAGUCCUGCUUUACAUCAAAAAGAUGCUGACAUUCCAACAGAACAUGCUGAAGUUGAGGCAGCUCGAAAAGCUUUUGAAGUUUCACUUCAUAUUCUAUCAAGGACAAAAGACAGUAUUGGUCGGGCAACACAACUUGCUAUUGAAUGUGCAAAAUAUGGCAUUGCUGGAGAGGUAAUUGAAUUGUUACUUCGAAAUUUAGAAAGGGAGUCAAGGCUGUACAGGAGAAUAGAUCUAUUCUUUCUUGUAGAUUCAAUUGUUCAAUGUUCUCGCACUCAAAAAGGAUGCGCUGGAGAUGUGUAUGCUUCAUUAGUCCAAUCUGUGCUUUCUCGCUUAUUAUGUGCUGCUGCACCUCCUGGAAAGCCUGCGGUGGAAAACCGCAGGCAAUGUCUCAAGGUUUUGAGGCUUUGGCUUGAGAGGAAAACCCUGCCGGAGUCCAUUGUUCGACACCACAUAAGAGAACUGGAUUUUAUGAAUGAAGCACCAUUUAGUAACCACUCCUCUCGACGUCCUAGAACUGAGCGAGCAAUUAAUGAUCCUAUCAGGGAGAUGGAGGGAAUGCUUGUUGACGAAUAUGGAAGCAACACUAGUUUCCAGCUUUCUGGUUUGACGGUUCCUUGUGUGGUUGAAGACGAUGAACAUGAUUGCUCGUCUGAUGAGAAGAGUUUUGAAGCUGUUACUCCGGAAAGAAAUGCUGAAGUUGAUGAUGGCAAGGGUACUGUCACUUCUCAGGAAAAGCACCGUCAUAUUCUGGAAGAUGUUGAUGGUGAACUUGAGAUGGAGGAUGUAUCACCCCCUUGUGAAGUUAGAGUUUGCUCCAUUAGUCAUGUCGCAGCAACUGAUAACAUAUGCAAUUCAGAUAAGCAGUAUGAUCAGCAACAUUCACCAACAUUUGUGCCUCCACUUCCUGAAGAUCUUCCACCAUCCCCUCCCCCAUUACCAUCUUCUCCUCCACCUAUGCCUUCAUCGUGCUCUCCUCCGUCUGUUGUCAACCAACAAUUAUCAGUGGGUGCAUCUCACACUCUUUCUGUUGCUGUUGACUCAAACGCUUACAGUGCAUCCCAUAAUAUAAGAAGCCAAUUACCUCAGGCUAUAUACCAGCCGCCUGGAAAUCUGACUGUAAACUCUGUCCCCUCAGCUCCAAUGCCUUACUGUAACCACCCUUAUGGUGAUAUUCGGAGACAGAUACCGCACCCUUCCUCUUCUCUUAGUUCUAGUUCAUAUGGUGGCUUUCCUGGUGCCCAUCCAACUAUGCAUACUACAAACAGAGCUCUACCUUUAGUUAAUCGACCAAUGUUGAAUUCCUACACUCCCCAGCCACCUCCUGCAAGAGUCUCAAAUCAGUUCUCCUUUGUCCCUGCUGACCCACAACAAAGAGGCCAGGCUUGGGGAAACUGCUCCUCUUUUCCUAAUAGCCUACAAUCAGUACAUGAUCCCAGAGGGGGUAAAUUCUAUAAUGACAGGGAUUUGAACGGAUCAUUUCAACAUGACAUUGCAGAGAGGGGAAGAUUUUCCCCAACUGUCCACCCAGGUCCUAUGGUUUCUGACAAGGUUGAUGCAUCAACAAUUCCUCCUCCCUUCUAUGGUCCGCCUUUAGAGCCGCCACCCGUUCCAUGUCGUGGGUGGCCACAUCCGCCCAGGAUAUCUGGUUAUCAUUCAAUGCCUGGUCCAAGACCACAACCAGAGAAUUCUAUUUCACCUGUGGAGGGAGCACACAGCUUCUGGAGACCGAGAUAAACAUUUUAUCUGCAAUAUAGCCUGGUAUUUACUGUUCAAUCUGGGCUCACCGGCAUGCUCGCAUGUCUAACUAAUUUUUAUAUCUUCCAUGCAAAAAGAACGGAGUUAAUGGAAGAUCAGAGACGCCUGCCAAUGUACAUAUGUACUUUAGCAAUUCUGCAAAUGCAGAAGCGGAAAGGUGGCCAUUGGGGAGAGGUGCUAUUUCAUCAGUUUAAGAUCUUAGGCUAUCGUGCGUUGAUCGUUUCUUCAUAUGAAGAUCAUAUCUAAUCCUUUUUAAUCUUAUUUGAUCUUCAUUGAAAGCUCCAGAAUUUACAUGUCUGUUUGCGAGCUUUUAUAUUGGGCAUUUAUUAGCAAAGAGAUAUAUUUUAUCAACUGGUGAUGGUGGCAGUUAGCCUAAUCCAAGGGGUUCUAAUGUACAGUGGUCAGACUAAUAUCAAAUAGCUGAUUGCAAACAUGCAUCAGUUUUUGGAAA